AUGUCUUCAUGUUUUGGAUCAAGAAAGUCAAGAAGUGAGGAUACUCGUCCAUUGUUACCUCAAUAUGAGGACGAUACCUCACUCCAGAGAACUGUUCAUCAGAAAUUACACACAUAUCAGAUGAUUAAAGCAUUAUCCAAGGGAUUUAUGCCAUCUACUGAACAGACUAUAGUCAAUUUAAGAACACUAUUGGCUUCAGAUGUUUUGAAUCCAGAUAAUCCAGAAUUAACAGAUAGUGGAAGAAGAUUGCUUAAGUUUACGAAACAAUGGCUUACGGAUUUCAUUGAAUUGCUACGAAAUAAGAAUGAUGGAGAUCAAAUUCAGGAUUUUAUAUGGUUCUUGAUACAUUCAAGAAUAAAUGUCAAUACAUCGGAUCUUAUCGAAAGAGCUACCAACACAAGAGCAAAGGCAGAUGCCUCAGCUGCAUACGCAAGUAUCAAGACUGUUGGCAGCCUUUUGUUGACCAAUUCCGACUUUCGUAUAUUCCUCUCGGACCUCAAUACCAUUGGUCGGCAGGUUUUCGCAGAUACCGCAAAGACAGUAUCAACUGUUGCAGACGAUGCUGCGAGUAGGAUCGAGCCAUCAGAUGUAGAAAACGAGGCAUUGAAGAAGCCGGGAAAAGAGCGAAGUGAGCCCAUUCUCAAAGAAGACCUCCAAGCCGAAGCGAGCGAGAUCGGUGAUGUUAUUACGAAUGGCUUGAAAAAGGCAGGCAAACAAGCAGGCGCAAGUUUGAAGGAGAACAUUUCUGGAGAGCAAAGAGAGACUCUCCGAUAUCGUUUGAAGGAAGCCGUUAUGAAAUUAACAAAACGAAAUGAUUACUCGGAUUCAGUCAACACAAUUGGUCUUCUCAUCCAAAGAUAUGCCAAAGCUUAUUCCCGAGCUGUGGAUGAAUCUAUCAGCGCAGUCCAAGAUGACGUCGAACCCAAUCCAGCACUCGAUCGUGCAGUGAAGAAUGGUUGGUCUUUGCUCAGUUCUUUCGGUGACAAGGAUGCCUGGAAAGAGCUCGAGACUAGAUUCAACAAAGUCAUGGAACAUUCUCAAAAGGAUCCUGAAUUUGAGAACCUCAUGGGAGAAUUGGCAAAGUCGGUUCAACAAAUGCUUUCAGAUCCAGACUUUUUUGACGCUGCGGCAAACAAGGUCGAAAAGUUGAAGGAGAAAUCUAAACAAGUGGGCACCGAAUCUCCUCUCCGAAAAGAUAUCGAUGAUCUUCUCAAACAAGCACACAUAACAUUCGAUUCCGUAGUGAAUGAUCAAGAAGUCUCCAAACUUGUUCAUUCAACCCUGAAGAUAUGGUCCAUCCUCAACCCACUCAAUAAACAGUCUAACACUGAACUCUUCACUGACCUAUCUACUGUUUUGAUACCCAUGUUUAUCUCCGCUAUCCAAUACGUACCAAUUCCUCGUCUCGAGAUAUCUGUCCCAGAGAUCGAUCUCCUUCUCGAGAAUCUAAUCCUCGAACCUGGUAGAACUAUAAACCAUACCAGUUUCCUACCUUACCGACUAAAGAUCGAAACCUACAAUGAUCUCUCAAUCCACAAAGCUCGAUUCCGUACUUUCUCAAAGGUAACUUCAAAGGUAACGGUCAAGAUUCAGGGUCUUUCAGUCAGAGCUGACGAAGUUGGAUUCUGGUUGAGAGCUCAUAAAAGUUUGUUUUGGUUGGCUGAUGAAGGUAUCGCUUCUUUCGAGCUUGACGAUAGGGGUAUCGAUAUCGAAUUUGAUGUCGAAAUCGGACACAACCAACUUGAGAAAAUCCUUACCUUGAAGGAUACACGUGUGAAGAUUCAUCAUCUUUCAUAUAAACUCAGCAAAUCGAAGUUUGCUUGUUUAGCCUGGAUCUUCAAACCACUCCUCCGCCCCAUCCUCCGCAAAACUAUCGAAUAUCAACUCUCUACCGCCCUCGCGGAUUUCUUCCACGCAGCAAAUCGUGAACUUCUCUACGCUCGUGAGCGUCUCCGCGCAACAAGAAUUUCAUCUCCGGAUGAUAUCCAAACGUUCAUUAAAGCAAUCAUCACUAGAUUAACACCAGAAGAAGAUCCAGAUUUGUAUGUGAAUGUGGGAGUACAAGGUGGAGCUAAGAGCAGAGGAAAUGUGUUCAAGGGUGUUUAUGCACCGGGUAGUGUAGUGAGGGUUUGGGAGAGAGAGGGAAGGGAUGCGGAGGAAAUCGUUGAGGGUGAGGGUGAGAAUAAUGGAGGUUGGAGAAAUGCUGUGUUUGAUGUGGGUGGUCAGGGUCAAGGUGUUAUGGGUUGGUAG